CUUUCAGCUUCCAACAAAGGAUUUCAUUGCUUUAGGAAUUGAGGUGUGUCUCAGUUUUUACCUGGGAGCAAAAGUGAUGCAAGCGUUUCUGAUGAGACCAAUCCUCAGGUUAGGGUGGGGAGGAGCUGCAUAACAGGCCAUCUGCAGACUCCUGAAGACGGCAGAGACGCUGAGAAAGGGCUGUCCUUAGACAUCGGAUGUAGACAGUUGGAAGGACUAAAGCAGCAGCUCCCUCGGAUUUGUUCGCCAGGAAAAUCUGGGACAAUGGCUUGGCGCCUUUUCAGGACCACAGGGGCUCUAGCCAUUUUGAUGGUGGUCCUAUUGGUUCAUGGAGAAUUGAGAAUAGAGACAAAAGGACAACAUGGAGAAUAUGAGACAGAGGUACAACAAGCCAAAAGGAGAUACAAACGUGAAUGGGUGAAAUUUGCAAGACCCUGCAGAGAAGGAGAAGACAACUCAAAGAGAAAUCCAAUUGCCAAAAUUACUUCAGACUUUCAAGCAACCCAGAAAAUUACCUACCGCAUUUCUGGAAUAGGAAUUGACCAGCCCCCUUAUGGAAUCUUUGUUGUUGACAAAAACACCGGAGAAAUUAACAUAACAGCCAUUGUUGAUCGUGAGGAAACCCCAAGCUUCCAGAUUACUUGUCGUGCUCUCAAUGCCCUAGGACAAGAUGUAGAGAAACCACUUAUACUCACGGUCAAAAUUUUAGAUAUAAAUGACAAUCCUCCAGUAUUUUCACAAAGUGUAUUCAUGGGUGAAAUUGAAGAAAACAGUGCUUCGAACUCACUGGUGAUGGUGCUCAAUGCCACAGAUGCGGAUGAACCAAACCACCUGAACUCUAAAAUUGCCUUCAAAAUCCUCUCUCAGGAACCUGCAGGCACACCCAUGUUCCUCCUAAGCAGACACACGGGGGAAGUCCGCACUCUGACCAGUUCCCUCGACCGAGAGCAAAUUAGCAGCUAUCGUCUGGUUGUGAGUGGUGCAGACAAAGAUGGAGAAGGACUAGCAAGUCAGUGUGAAUGUAGCAUUAAAGUGAAAGAUGUCAAUGAUAACUUUCCCAGACUCAGAGAAUCGCAGUAUAUAGCACGUAUUGAGGAAAACACUUUAAGUUCUGAUUUGCUUCGACUUCAAGUAAUAGAUCUGGACGAAGAGUUCACAGAUAAUUGGCUUGCAGUGUAUUUCUUUACCUCUGGAAAUGAAGGGAAAUGGUUUGAAAUAGAAACUGAUUCCAGAACUAAUGAAGGCAUCCUAAAGGUGGUUAAGUCUCUAGACUAUGAACAGCUACAAAGUGUGCAACUUGGUAUUGCCGUCAAAAACAAGGCUGAAUUUCACAAAUCAGUAAUCUCUCAAUAUCGAGUCCAGUCAACCCCACUCACAAUUCAAGUAAUAAACGUGAGGGAAGGAAUUGCAUUCCGUCCUGCUUCCAAGACAUUCGUGGUCCAAAAAGGCAUAAGUAGCAGAAAAUUAAUCAAUUAUGUCUUGGGAACAUAUCAAGCCAUUGAUGAAGACACUAACAAAGCUGCCUCAUCUGUCAGAUACAUCUUGGGACGUAACGAUGGUGGUUUGCUAAUUAUUGAUUCAAAAACUGCUCAAAUCAAAUUUGCCAAAAACAUUGAUCGGGAUGCUACUUUCAUAGUUAACAGGACAAUCACAGCUGAGGUUCUGGCCAUAGAUGAAAACACGGGUAAAACAUCUACAGGCACCGUAUAUGUUAAAGUACCUGAUUUUAAUGAAAACUGUCCCACAAUUGCCCUGGAAAAGGAAACAAUCUGUAGUUCAUCACGUUCUGUGGUUGUCUCAGCUAGAGCCGUGGACAAAGAUAAAUUCACUGUCCCCUACACAUUUUCACUGGAGGAUCAACCUCUAAAACUGCCAGUUGUAUGGAGUAUCGCAUCACUGGAUGACACCUCCGCCCUCCUAAGAGCCCCACAGCAGAUAUCUCCUGGGGUGUACAGAAUCUCCCUCGUGGUCACGGACAGCCAAGGCAGGCGGUGUGAGACGCCAGAGAGCCUGACUCUGGAAGUCUGUCAGUGUGACAGCAGGGAUAUCUGUGGAACUCCGGUUCCGACCAAAACGCCUUGGACCGAAAAUGGGAAGAGGUCAUCUUGGAAGCUGGGGCCUGCAGCCAUUGGCCUGCUACUCCUCGGUCUUUUGAUGCUGCUGUUGGCCCCCCUUCUGCUGCUGACUUGCGACUGUGGGAGGGGUCCUAUUGGGGGAGUGACUGGUGGAUUCAUCCCAGUGCCUGAUGGUUCAGAAGGAACAAUUCAUCAGUGGGGAAUCGAAGGAGCCCACCCUGAAGACAAGGAAAUCACAAAUAUUCGUGUGCCACCCAUAACUUCCAAUGGAGUUGAUUUCAUGGAAAAUUCUGAAGUUUGUACAAAUACAUAUGCCGGAGGGACAGUGGUGGAGGGAGCUUCAGGAAUGGAACUGACCACCAAGCUUGGAGCAGCUGGAGGAUCUGGAGCCGCUGCAGGAUUUGGAGCGGCCGCUGGCCUUAGCAUAUAUUCUGCAGGACAGUCUGGGACAAUGAGAACAAGACAUUCCACUGGAGGAACCAACAAAGACUAUGGCGAAGGGGCAAUAAACAUGAACUUCCUAGACUCCUACUUUUCUCAGAAAGCAUUUGCCUGUGCGGAGGAAGACGAUGGCCACGAAGCAAAUGACUGCUUGCUGAUCUAUGAUAACGAAGGAACCGGUGUCCCCGGUUCUCCCGUUGGCUCCCUGGGUUGUUGCAGUUUUAUUGCCGACGAGUGGGAUGAUAGCUUCUUGGACUCACUUGGCCCCAAAUUUAAAAAGCUUGCAGAGAUAAGCCUGGGGAUGGAUGACGAAGCCAAAAAAUCUCAGCCACCAGCCAAAGACAGCGGUUCUGGAGUUGAAUCCUGUGGCCAAUCCGUACAAGUUCAGCAAUCAGAAUCUGUUUGCUACCAGACAUUGUCAGGCAGCCAGGGAGCUUCUGCUUUGUCUGCUUCCAGCUCUGUUCUCCAACCAGCCAUUUCCAUUCCUGACCCUUUGCAGCAGGGUAGCUAUUUGGUAACGGAGACUUACUCGGCUUCUGGUUCCCUCAUGCAACCCUCCACUGCAGUCUUUGAUCCACUUCUCACGCAAAAUGUAAUAGUGACUGAAAGAGUGAUUUGCCCAAUUUCCAGUGUUCCUGGCAACCUACAUGCUCCGACAGAGCUACCAGGGUCCUGUAAUCAAAUCUGCACAGAAGAUCCUUGUUCCCGUCUGAUCUGAUCAAAAUGAACUGGAAUAACAUACUGGCCAAAUAUGGCCAUUUGAACCAAAUUAUUCAAAACAACAUAGCAAAUCUCAGAGUACUGGUCUGAUUUGGCACUUAUUUGCUACUCUUCUAAACUGAUUGUGAUUAUAGCCUAAAUUUUCUAGUGAAACCCCCAAAAUGGAAAUGUUGUCACUCUUCUCAAAUACUAUUCCAAUCAUAGUAAAUCUUGCUGUUUUUCAAAAUAUCUUAAAAUAAUAUUCAGCAGGAAAAUUUCCUACCAAUUUUUAAACUUCAAAUGCAAUGUGUUUUAGUAGAUUUAAGUGCUUGGAGUCAAGAGCCCCAGUUCUUGACUCUUUCAGCUUCUCUUAUAUCAUUAAUAAUGAUAUAAGAGUCAUAAGGUCUUUGCUAAAGCAUUUUGAGCUGCAUGGAGAAAAGAAGUAGCUGCAUUUGAAAUUCUGCCAUCUUCUUGGUGCUGGGAGAUCCUAGGUAUAUCUUUUGCUCAAGCUAAGGGUAAUGGGUUAUAAAUAAAACUUGCUGCAUCUAUAUUUCUCAUAUUCUUAUAAUGACAAUUUUGAAAUAGAAAUGUCAUAGGACAUUUGGGAAAGUCUAUUAUGUUGUAAAUAUUAUGUGUUUUUUAAAAUCACCUUGAAAGGAUCUAUCUAAAGAAAGUAAUACAUUAAGCUAUGCACUUCAACAGUAAUCCUGUGUUAAUAGUCUUUGAAAAGUACUCUUUGGUGUUCCCGUUGUGGCUCGGAGGGAUAAGAACCUGACUAGUAUCCAUGAGGAUGCAGGUUUGAUCUCU